AUGGCGUCAAACGACGAGGUCUUUACAACUGUGGUUGACUGUAUGGGUCCAGUUUUUCUGCAAUACGCGACGUGGAUGAAGAUGAGGAAAUUGGACAAGGAGUUGUCGUCGAUGGAGUCUUCAUUGAAUCGACAAAACUUAGAAGUUCUACUUGAGAACGAGGUCUAUAAAGCUUGUCUGGAUCAGUCAGGUUUAGUUGAUAAAGGUAUGUUUUCUUUCACAAUUUCUGUCGAGUCUCAAUAG